UUUUUUACAAAUUUACGUCCUAGAUGUGUAAACAAAUAGAUAAUACUUGUUAAAAAUUGAUGUUUUUGCUUUAAUUGUUUAAGAGAAUUUUUCAAAUUAAUUCUAUUUAUUAGUUAGCUCAUCAAUUUGGACAGCGGGACUUGUCUUAAAGUUAAAAUAUUAUGGACAAUUGAUCAAGUGUUCGCCUGGUGAAUCAUCACUGCAAAUAGUUUUAUUCGAAAGCAGUUUAGCUACAACAUCCUCAUCGUUCAGGCGUGACAACACAGCAAGAUGGAGUGGCUAUUUGGUCACCGUAUGACGCCUGAUGAGAUGCUGCGUAAGAACCAGCGCGCACUGAACAAGGCCAUGCGUGACCUCGACCGUGAGCGUCUCAAGAUGGAGCAGCAGGAGAAGAAGGUCAUCGCUGAUAUCAAAAAACUCGCCAAGGAGGGACAGAUGGACGCAGUCAAGAUAAUGGCUAAGGACCUGGUACGCACGCGCCGUUAUGUGCGCAAAUUCAUGUUAAUGAAAGCAAAUAUCCAGGCUGUGUCACUUAAAAUACAAACGCUGAAAUCGCAAAGCACUAUGGCGCAGGCGAUGCGGGGCGUGACGCGCGCCAUGGCCACAAUGAACCGACAACUGAACAUGCCGCAGAUUCAAAAGAUCCUCCAAGAGUUCGAGAAGCAAUCUGAGAUCAUGGACAUGAAAGAGGAAAUGAUGAACGAUUCCAUCGACGAGGCUAUGGAGGGCGACGACGACGAGGAGGAAAGCGACGCGGUGGUGUCGCAGAUCUUCGACGAGCUGGGGCUGCAGCUGAACGACCAGCUGUCGGGCCUGCCGCAGGCCACCGGCUCGCUGUCCGUGCCCGGUGAGUGGCUCGCGCCGGCCCGCGGCCGGAGACGCGGUCGCGGGGCGGCGGAGUGUAGCGGCCGUCCGUUGCAGCGCGCGCGCCGGCGGUGGCGGUGGCGGGCGGGUCGGGCGGCGCGGGCGCGGCGGCCGCCGCCGACGCCGACGCCGAGCUGCAGGCGCGCCUCGACAACCUGCGCCGCGAGUAGCGGCUCCUCCGUCUUUGUAGUUAAGUUUAUGUAAGUACGUACAGUUUAAUAAAUAUUUUGUUACUACCACGUGUUUCGAGUGCCCGACCCCCGCCCCGUCCCUCAUCCCCGAGUCGCGAGGCGCGAGAGACGCGAGACACGCGA